GGGCGGGGGGCGGAUAAAGGGCCCGGCCCCGCGGCCGCCGCUCACUCGGGCAGGGGAGCGCAGGGAGCCGGGCUCAUGGGGAGACUGACGCCGCCCGCCUGCCUCUGCUGCGGGACAAAGAAGGACUUCACGCUGUCGAAGGGGAAAGAUGCCCCCGCGGGGCAGAGCGACGAGAACUCGGAGCGCGGUAACUGGUCGAGCAAAACGGACUAUCUGCUCUCCAUGGUGGGCUACGCCGUGGGGCUGGGGAACGUGUGGCGGUUCCCCUACCUGACUUACCAGAACGGAGGGGGUGCCUUUCUAAUACCCUACACAGUUAUGCUGGCGUUAGCUGGUUUACCUUUAUUUUUUUUGGAAUGUUCCUUGGGGCAGUUUGCCAGUUUGGGGCCGGUUUCUGUGUGGAGAAUAUUACCAAUUUUACAAGGAGUGGGAAUCACGAUGGUGGUCAUCACCGCCUUGGUGACGGUCUAUUACAAUGUUAUCAUUGCAUAUGCCCUCUACUAUUUGUUUGCCUCCUUCCAAAGUGUGCUGCCGUGGUCAGACUGCUUUGCGUGGGCAGAUGAAAAUUGCAGCAAAACACCUGUAGUGCAUGAUUGCAAUACGACCUUAGCAGACGGGACAGUCAUUCACACAAACUACUCGUUUGUCUCCAGCAACAAUCUAACCUGUCUCAAUGGCACCUCAACGUAUAAAGAAGUGCAGCCUCCCAGUGAGCAGUACUGGAAUAAAGUGGUCCUUCGCCGCUCCGGCGGGCUGGAUGAGACGGGUGAAAUUGUCUGGUACUUGGCCCUCUGCCUGCUCCUGUCCUGGGUGAUAGUCGGAGCUGCAUUAUUUAAAGGGAUAAAAUCUUCAGGAAAGGUGGUUUAUUUUACAGCUGUCUUUCCCUAUGUGGUCCUCGUUAUCCUGCUUGUCAGAGGUGCCACCUUGGAAGGGGCUCGGGACGGCAUUGAGUAUUACAUUGGAACACAGUCCAAUAUCACAAAGCUGAUGGAGGGAGAGGUUUGGAAAGAUGCAGCUACUCAGAUAUUCUUCUCCCUGUCAGUGGCCUGGGGGGGCCUGGUCGCGCUCUCCUCUUACAAUAAGUUCCAUAACAACUGCUAUUCCGAUGCCAUUGCUGUUUGUUUAGUAAACUGCAUCACCAGCGUGUUUGCGGGAUUUGCGAUAUUCUCCGUUUUGGGACAUAUGGCUUUCCUGGCAGACAGACCCGUCUCUGAAGUUGUAGACUCAGGGUUUGAUUUGGCAUUUGUUGCCUAUCCAUCGGCUCUCUCCAAGUUACCAGUUGCCCCUCUUUGGUCCUUUUUAUUUUUCUUCAUGCUUUUACUGUUGGGGCUUGACUCUCAGUUUGCUUCCAUAGAAACAGUGACAACCACCAUACAAGAUAUGUACCCCAAGGUGAUGAAAAAGAUGAGGGUUCCUGUAACCUUGGGAUUGUGCACGCUUCUGUUUUUUCUUGGUCUCCUCUGUGUCACUCAGGCAGGAAUUUACUGGGUUAACCUAGUGGAUCAUUUCUGUGCUGGAUGGGGGAUCCUUUUUGCAGCGGUCCUGGAAAUAAUGGGCAUUAGCUGGAUUUAUGGAGGAAACAGAUUUAUCCAAGACAUUGAAAUGAUGAUUGGAAAGAAGAGCUGGUGGUUCUGGCUGUGGUGGAGAGCAUGCUGGUUCUUCAUUACCCCUGUUCUCUUAUGCGUGAUUUUAUGCUGGUCUUUGGUCGCAUUUUCACCUCCCAAGUAUGGCUCAGUCGAAUACCCUGCAUGGGGAACUGCUGUGGGCUGGUGUAUGAUUGUCUUCUGCAUCAUCUGGAUUCCCAUUGUUGCAAUUGUAAAAAUAGUGAAAGCUCAAGGAAACCUGUGGCAGCGUAUUGUGAGCUGCUGCCGGCCAGCUGCUAACUGGGGACCCUUCCUGGAAUGUCACCGAGGAGAAAGGUACAGCCACAUGGUAGAUCCCCACAAGGAAAGAGACCAGGAGAUCCCCACUGUGGAUGGCUUCGUGCACAAGCUGCAAUGAGACGCCUGCCCUGGGCUGCAUUAUUUUUUAACACAAAUGUAUUUUCUUUUUGUUUAAUGUUGGAAAAUAGUGAUUCAAAAUAUUGAAAGCCAUACUAUUUAUUGUUAGCUCUGCCUGUACAGGGAGGAGCAGGGCAUGAAGUAGAGAGGAAAGCCCAAGCCCACAGGCUGGGAGGGCAGGAAAAUACACUCCAGCCUCUCAGAACGUAGGGACUGGGAGCAGUCUGUAGUGCAGCUGGCCUGCAGAUGCUGCUAAGGGAGGAUGUGUUGCACAGGGCUUGGGCCGGGGGGCUCUGUGCUGGGCACGUACCAACAAGCCAGGAUCCCAAGGCACCUCCCUGCGCGCUCUGUUUUCCGGAGCUGGCGCACAGCUCAGGCUGAUAGGUUGCUGCUCUCUGGCUCAGCAGCCCAGGGGAAGUGAAUAAUUGCUGCUGUCUGGGCCUUCCUCAGGUUUCUCAGGGCUUUUCAUAGAAUAUCAGGGUUGGAAGGGACCUCAGGAGGUCAUCUAGUCCAACCCCCUGCUGAAAGCAGGACUAAUCCCCAAUUUUUGCCCCAGAUCCCUAAAUGGCCCCCCUCAAGGAUUGAACUCACAACCCUGGGUUUAGCAGGUCAAUGCUCAAACCACUGAGCUAUCCCUCCCCCCUAUUGGUGCUGAGAAAAACGUGCAUCUGUGUCAUUUGUGUCUCUCGACAUUGAGGGGUGACAAGCUGCCUUGCUGAUGAGGAUAGAAAGUGGCGAGGGAAGUUCCCAUAGAGUUAUCAUUGUUUCCACGGGAAUUCCUCCGGGGUCACCUUUUGGUAUGGUGUAAAUACGGUCAGCAUUCACUUGUCUGGUCCUCGCAACCCCAGCUUCCUUAGCACUGACACUGCAGUAGAAACUUUCACCCUGCAGCUUUUGGUCCUUCUGUUUUUCCUGCACCACGCACAGCUUUACCCAUCCUUCCCUUCUCUGGAGCCCACACUCAAGGCAAAGCUCCGCCUGGCCAGGGGCGCCGCACCAGGCCUGCAUGCUACUUAAGCCUUCAACAAAGAGCACAGGUGGGACUUAAGUGUUGCCCAGACCUUGUGCUGGUGAUCUGCACAGGAGAGCAGAAUUUCACCCUGAGUGUAGGUUAUAAUUGCCAUUCAGCAUUUGCAACGACACCAGCCUCAACCACUCCAAAAUCAUGAGUGGGGACCCCCAAAAUCAUGGGAUUGGCUUAAAAACCAUGAGAGUUGGGUUCUUUUAUUUGCCUUCUGGUGUUUGUGGCUUUAGGGUUCACAGUUUUCAGCUCUUCUUGGCAUUGAUGGGGCUAGAAACUUACUUUGCUUUUUAAAUGAAAGCUGAGGUUUGCACAUAAUCACAUGACUCCAGGAGCUGUAUCUUUAAGAACAAACACCAAAUCUCGUGAGAUUUCGGAGCAUUGAAUUUGUUCAUUCAUUUGCUGCCAAAUAUGGAAUGGGUGGUCUGGCUAAGGGGUGCUGACCAUGCAGACAUUGCUUGGAAAGCCCAGCCCCACACAGAAAUCAUAUUAAAUGAACAAUUGAAACUUGUGCCUGUAGAAUAGAGGAUUUCUAUUUUGCAUUAUUUAAAAAAUUGGGUGGGAUUUAUUUUUCCCGCAUGUUAACUCUGGGGUUUUUUUUGAAACAACAUGGCAGGGUGAUCAAGUACCGGAUCCGCUCAGUGGUAUCUUACUAAUUCUGGGCUGGAGGGGGGCCGGAGAGCUGAGGGCUGGCUGUGCUGUAUACACAGACCUACAUUUUGAACUGGCAUUUUUAUGAUAAAUUAACUAUCGUGUUACUGUUUUUAGCAA